ACAGUUUUGUCGUCAGUCACAGCAGUUGCGCUACUCCGAUACGGCGUCAUUUCUCAGAAUUUGAAACGCAGUUCUUGUUCCAGUAUAUAAGACCUCUCCGACCAGAUCAUCACUGCCCCUCCGUUGGUUUCUUUACCUGGUGCUUUGGAAAGUCCCUCGGUUGAAAUGGCAACUACUGCAGCAUCAACGGCGUCAAGGGGAUGGCUGAGCAACCUCUCGUCAAUGUCAUCUCGGAUUUAUUUCUUCCUUAUCAUUCUUCAGAUCCCUCUUUUUAGGAUUCCAUGCAGAUCUGGAAUUUGUUCAACACCAAUUCAUGUCACCUCUUCCCAGUUGAUUGCAAGUGACAUCUUUCCUGUAGCUGUGGUGAAGGCACUCCUCUUUCCAGGAGCCAUAGCGAAUGGCCUUGUCAAGAACAUGACUGUUCCAAGCUGGGAUAACCUGUUAAACAUCUAUAACUUAACUAGUAUAAAAGAAGCCUCCGCUGUACCUGACCUCCAGCGCUUAGAGGUUCUUGCAGGAAGCUACUUCUGUGUGGCAGGAGCACUUGUGGGUCUUCUAAAGCCUGGAAGGAUGAGCAUGUUUGGGACACUACUGGUAAUCUGGGGUCUUGUCAAGGAAGGGAUCUUGGGAAAACCAGCAAAUUCCGAUCCUACAAAAGCUGUGUAUGUAUAUCCCACGAUGUUGAUUGCACUGAUUUGUGCCUUGACAUCUAUCAAGUAUGACGUGAAGAAAGUUAUGAGAACUGCCCCUGCACGACCCAUUGCAAAGCCUCUUAAGAGCUCUUCCAAAUCUAAGCUGAAAUAAUUUGAAACUUUGUUUUCUUGUGUGAAAACCAAUUUCUCAAAAUUUUUAAUACUAAACUCUUGUAACAAAUGAGCUGACAAUGUGAACCUUUUUUGCUGCUUCAAAUUUAUUGUGUAUCUUCCAAUGCCUUCUGGAGCUGCAUGCCGCCAUUGGAACUUUGAUGGAUAGGAAUGGAAUCUUAUGUAUGCAUUGACACUAGUCAAGGUUUAAGGAUGUUGAGCGUAAUUGUAUAUUUGAGGCGGGCUGGCUAUGAUAAGGUCUAAAAUCUGUAGUUUGAAGACAGUGAAAUAUUAGUCCGCUAGCAGGAUCCUUUAAAGAAGCCGUGGUGUCAACUUGGAUAGUCUACAAGAGCUCGUUCUAUUUUGGUGCUUAGCCUUAUUGUUUUAA